CUUACAUUGUUAAGAAUCACGGAACAUUUACAAUUUUACAAAUUUUUUGCGGAGCGCAGUAGUGAAAUAAAAAAAAAAAAGUGUUCCGCGGAACACAUGUUAAAAACCACUGCUCUGAAUAAACACUACUGUUCACGAAUUUAAUCUUCAGUGGUCAACACUUGACUGUUGUUCCUUUAUCUCACUGAACACGACGUGAUAAUUCAAGCGCUAUACUUGCAGUUGCACAACGGACAGUUAUGUGUUGCUAGCUGUGACUUGAAGAUCAUCAGUAGCAACAAGUGUUUAAACUUCGUUUUUAAUCUAUUUUCUUAAUAAACUUCAGUAAAUAUUUAAUCAAUCUUCAAAGACUCUAGUAAAUGAUCCGAUUUCUGUUCUUGUAACAAUUUAUACUCACUGGCUCAUCCUUUUAUACGCAAUCUUAAAUGCAGAGUAUAGAAAAACUGCGUUUGAUGAGUAAAGAUUAAUAUUAAGUGUUGGAGUAAGUACACAUUAUUGCUCCUGAAGGAUACAAGAAAUCUUAAUUUACGGUUCAUUAUUUAGAUCACAGAAGUUUCAUUUCGCAUAAAAAGUCACAGUCUAGUUAUCAACAUUGAUGACCUACAAGAAGUAGUUGCAAUUCUAUUUGUAAGAACAGUAAUAGUGAUCAAGGGAUCUUUUCCACGGAGACAAUGUAUUAAACUCAUUUCCUGUGACUCGUGAAUAAUUUAUUACGAUUGAAACCGUGAAUUUAGUGCAUUUAAAGUGGCGACGUUUUACCAAGCAAUUGCAAAUUAGUAAUAAUUUAAUAGAUUUCUCAACUGAAUUAAAAGAGGAUUAAAGAUGAAGUUGGUGUCCAUACUAUUUGUUUGCGCGGUAUUCGCGACGAGUGACGGAUACCGUAUCCUAGGCAUGUUUCCAUACAACGGGAAAAGUCAUUUUAUAAUGUUCGAGCAUCUGAUGAAGGCCCUUGCGAGGAAGGGCCACCAGGUCGACGUGAUCAGCACGUUCCCGUUGAAGAAACCGUAUCCGAAUUACAACGACCUGAUUGUGUUACCCACUGCGAGGGAUUUCAUGAACAAUAUGACUUACGACGAGAUGCACAACAUGAUCAGAGCGUCGUCGGCCUUCGCUGUGGCUACCAUGACAGGAAACGACAUUUGCGAAAACUUGAAAUAUCCAAAGUUUCAAGAAUUGAUACGCAACCCGCCGAAAGACCCACCUUAUGACGUCGUCAUUAUGGAGGUGUUCGGUGCCCACUGUUACGCCAUACUAGGUGACAUCCUGAAGGUACCAUUAAUAGGAGCCAGCUCGUCCAAGCUGUACCCCUGGCACCACGAUUACAUCGGGAAUCCUCCAAAUUACGCGUACCAGCCGAAUAAUUUGAUUUCUUAUCCAAACAACAUGAACUUCUGGCAGAGGACUUACAACUUCCUAAGUGCGGUUCAAAGCCAGUAUCAGUUCAACAGCGCUUCGAGCCUGCAGACGGACAUGCUCAGGAAGUACGUCAGUCCGGACGCGCCGGACAUCAGGGAACUCGAAAAGAAAUUCACAAUGAUCUUGGUCAACUCGCAUAUAUCGACGAACGGAAUCAGGGAUAUGACGCCGGCGUACAUCGAAGUCGGCGGGUUGCACGUCCAAGAGGAAGGAGUGGAGAUCACGCCCAGUUUGGAGAAAUGGAUGAACGAGAGCACGCAGGGAUUUGUAUACUUCACGUUCGGCUCGAUGGUGAAGAUCGAGUCGAUGCCGCGCCAUUAUCUAGAAAUCUUCUAUAAAUCUCUAGCAAACAUAGCACCGAUUCGAGUGUUACUGAAAAUCGCAAAGCCGGACGAGCUGCCACCCGGCUUGUCGAGCAACGUUCACGUCCUCACGUGGCUCCCGCAAAUUAAAGUUCUCAAACAUCCGAACCUAAAGGCAUUCAUCACCCAUGGAGGUCUUAUGGGCACCCAAGAAGCGAUCCACUAUGGCGUCCCCCUGCUCGGUAUACCGUUGUUUGCUGAUCAAUUUACCAACAUCGAGACCUACGUGCGUCUUAACAUCGCGAUACAAUUAGAUCUGGACACCCUGACCGUCGAGAAAAUGGAUGAGGCUUUGAAUGCCAUCGUGCAUGACCCAAAAUACCGGUAAAUUGCCAUUCCUUUAAACUUUGCGCCAG